ACAAAAGCUGAUACACUGACACAUGUAAGUGGCUGGAUCUUAUUACACCACAUGAUGAGUCUUUUUAACCAGGGGCGGACUGACAACUCAUGGGGCCCCCGGGCAAUAGGGGAUCAUGGGGCCCCUGUGUCCUUGCCCAAACUCAAAAAAGCCUAUGAAAAAGGUACCAGGGGCAUCUCAUGGGGCCCCCUACUGACCCCGGGCCCUCGGGCAGUGCCCGAGUUUCCAAAUGGUCAGUCCGCCCCUGUUUUUAAC